UAUUUAGWACUAAAAAUUAGUAUUUGUUUCACGGGUUUAGUGCGAGCACUCUAUCUUCUGAAAUAAAAUAGACUAUUAAUUAGGAGAAGUUGCAUGCUUCACCGACUUCCGGAAGCGCUAACCAAGAAGACCACAGGAUACCCAUAAAAUUUGAUAUUUUUAGCUUGGUAUCCCUGUGGAUUACAAAACAAAAUGGCGCGCUACAGUUCUGAUUCGGACGACGAUAGAAGAAGCAAAGAAAAACGGUCCAAAAGCUCCCGUAAACGUGACAGACGGAGUAGAAGCCGUAGUAGAGACAGGAGAAGAAGGUCUAGGUCCCGUAGUCGAAGCUCUAGAUCGCAUAGAAGAAGAAGUAGAAGUCGAAGUGUUGACCGAAAGUCGAGUGAAGACAGAUACUACAGCUCAAAAAAAUCGAGGAGUGACAGAGAUAGGAGAAGUAGGUCACCAGGUAGCAGUAGAAAUAGUGAAGAGCGCCAAAGAGAGAAAAGGGACAAAGAUACUGCUGUGGAAAAGACCAAACAAAGGAUAAAAGAAGCUCUAAGUCAAGCAGAAACUAAUGAUGAUGACCUCCUUAAAGCUAAGGAAAGGAAAAAGCUUGGAAAAGAAGUGAUACCAAAUGCAGAUGCUAUUGCUGAAAUAGAAAGUAAUGAAUUUGUGCAACAGAGUUUUACAUCCAGUUAUAAAGACAAACAGUCUACAGUUGAUAAAAGUCAACCAGACAUCUUGAUAAGCAGCACCAAACAAACUCCUGUGGUUCCUAUCAAUGUUUUCAUGGAUGCGAGUAACAGUGAAGGACUUUUUGCAGCACGUGUUCUUGAAGAUGAGAGCACAAAAAUGGAAAGAUGGAUAAAGAAAAUGACGGCUACACGGAACAAGAUGUUAGCUGCUGGCUCUUUAAAACACUGAGUAAAAAAUGCAAUUCAGAUCUGCUCCAAGAGUAAAACUCAAGAGUUCGAGAUGCAACAUAUUGUUUCUUCAAGCUACUUGCUGUGACGUACAUCAGUUUCAGUUAUGAAGUGAAAAAUUUUGCAAGUCAAGAGAAUACUGUCAUCAUCAAAUUGUGGCAAACUCAGUUCCUUGCAUUGCCUUGUUAGAUUUCACUCGCAGAGUGAGAAAACACUGUUUUCUGGCUAUUUCUGUAGCUUUGACUUCGAUAAAUUUUCCAGCCAGAAGGGUGUCUUGGGGGUGCAUGUUACAUCAUAGCCGCCAUGUUGAUUGACUGGACAAUUGUCUUGUUAUAUUAACCAACAUGGCGAAUGUUUCAUUGUUAUAUUUUAUGGCUGCAUCUUAACCAUACAAAUUUAGGUGACUCAUAUUGUAGCAUGACAACAAACUACAAACUAUUUUCUUUGGCAUAUUUGCAACUUGUGUAUUGCUUGAACAUAAAUAAAUACAAGCGGCGGCAAUUUAAGACAUCAACUCACUCAACAACAAAUAAUCCCUCACGGGAUCCUAUAUUUGAAUGCCCUAUUAUAAAGAAAUCUUACAAAUACGACCAAUAAACGCAAGGUCUAAGAUUUGCUUUAAAAUGAA